GUCACAUGACCGUGGUGACGUAACCGGAAAUAAAGUCUCACAGACACUAGCAGGAAAAUGUCGACUUCUCAAGCGAGACAAACCUUUUUAAAGCCGACGGUUCCGUUCAGCUGGACCAUCCAAGGAGGACUCAUUCCUGGUGAGAUGGUUCUGAUUCAGGGCUCGGUUCUGUCUGGUGCAGACAGGUUCCAGGUGGAUCUGACGUGCGGCAGCAGUGUGGCACCGAGGGCUGACGUGGUCUUCCACUUGAACCCGAGGCUGAAGAAGGGAUGUGUGGUGUCCAACACGCUACACCAGGAGCGCUGGGGGCACGAGGAGAUCCUUCGCCUCAUGCCCUUCAAGGCUGGCGCCUCCUUCGAGCUGGUGCUGCUUGCCCUGCAGGACCGCUUCAAGGUCGCAGUAAACGGAGCGCACGUGUUGGACUAUAAACAUCGACUGGGGCUGGAGCUCGUGGACACGCUGGCCAUUUCAGGAAAGGUCAAAGUUGAUGCUGUGGCCAUCCUCCCGCACAUUUCAUCAUUCUCACCUGAAGAUGGUGCGACCAAUCAGCACGCCGCACUUAGUUCAAUGGUUGCCAUAUCAGCUGACCCGGGUGUUCCGUUUAGUGGGGAGCUAGUAGGUGGUCUCAGUGUGGGCCGCAGCAUCGCCAUUAGAGGCCAAACCAAUCAGAUGGCAGAGAGUUUUGCCGUUAACCUGCGUGUGUGCAACAGCGACGACAUCGCGCUGCAUCUCAACCCUCGUUUCAAACAGGAAGUGUGUGUCCGAAACUCCUUCCUAUCGGGUUGCUGGGGCGACGAGGAGCGCCACCUUACCUCUUUCCCAUUUGGACCAGGACAGUACUUUGAGAUCAUCAUCCUCUGCAACUUGCAGCAGUUUCUUAUUGCCGUCAACGGUGUCCAUCAAAUUGCUUAUAAGCAUAGAGUCCAGGACCUGCGACAAGUCACACGGCUGGAAGUGAAAGGAGACGUUUCAGUGAUGGACGCCAGACUCAUGUGACAUAAUCACACCAACAUGUUAACAGUCUGCAUGCUAACUUGCUAAAUGCAUUUAAGUCCGUUGAAAGAAAAACAUGAUUACAGUUUAAAAGACAUAAAUACAUUUUAUUAGAAAAUCUAUUUACAAUAAAAAGACACAAUCCAGGAGCUGCAGAUGAGUGUGUGUGGUCAGAAGUCAGCAUCCAGCGUGAAGGUGUUGCCAGUGGUGGCGGCCAUGACACCCAUUCUCUGGUACUCGCCAACACGCUUCUCAAAGAAGUUGGUCUUUCCCUCCAGAGAGAUGUUUUCCAUGAAGUCAAAGGGGUUCUCCACACGGUAUAUCUACACACACACCCACACACACACAAACAGUGAGUAUGAUGAAGAAGAGCAUCAAAAGGUUUGAGAAGGUGAGCGUAGAGUAGGGGGCG